CAAGAGUCCACGGGGGCUCAAGGGUGCCAAAGAUAGCGUCCACCCAGGCGGUCAACAGGCAUGUUGGCUCAAACACGUCUCGGCUUGCUACGGCAAUGUGGUUCUGCAGGCCCGAGCGGAUCACCCCGCCAGACACGCUGCGCGAGGUGCCAGUGGAGAAGACGGAUGCCGCGGUCAAUCGGGCAUGGGAGGGAGAGGCCAUGCCGCAGGCAGACGUGGUGCCAUUGACCGCUGGCAUGCUGCGGGCAGGUAUGGACGCCCUCGCUGCUGGCAUCUUACCGUGGGAUUGCCAUCGAUUCAGAAGGGUGAAGAAGCUGCAGCAGGCUGAGCGGAACCACGGGUGCGUGGAGCUCAUGCGCGACGGCGGCAAUUUCGUGGCCGUGAAGAAGAUGCCGACGAGGUGGAUCUGUGGUUCGCCCGACGAGUUCGACGCGCAACACCCGAAGGCCGAUGAGAGGCCGUGGAUGGAUGUGGGCAUCGUCAGACUCCUCAACGAGGUUAGGUACCCGUAUUGCGUCAAGCUGCUAGACAUAUUUGCGGACGACAAGAGCACUUACGUGGUCAGCUCGCUGGCGUCCGAGGGCGACCUCUUCGCCUGGUGCGAAUGCGCAUCGAAGCCUGGCCUGCAUAGAGAGGCAGCGAUGUACCCCCUCGUGAAUCAGAUCUUCACGGGAGUGCGAUGGCUGCAUGACUUCGGUGUUGCUCAUCGAGAUCUGUCUCUGGAGAACAUAUUGCUCCACAGCGAGAAUGGUGACCUAAGGGUCCAGAUCAUAGACUUCAGCAUGUCCACGCUUGACCAGUCGGCGUCGGCGGAGGUCAGGGGGAAGCCGUCGUACCAGGCCCCAGAGAUCCACCUGCCGCAGCCCUUCGACACUGAGAUGACGGACUCGUUCUCCCUCGGCGUGGUGAUGUUUGCCAUGGGCGCGGAGGACUAUCCGUGGAAGACUACCAAACGGAAGGCUUGUGAGCUCUUCGAGUACGCCUGCAUGUUCGGCUUCUCGAGGCUGCUCAGCAAGCGCCGCCUGCGCAAGGGCGGCGGCGAGAGCUUGGCCGAGGUGUUCUCCCCAAGUUUUACGGCGCUGCUGGCUGGCCUUUUGGCUAAAGAUGCAGGGAACGGCUCACUCUGGGUGAGAGACGUUUUGAGACGCCCGAGAAUGGCCGCGAUCGGCGGAACAGCGUAUGGGAUUGCAAGUGGAUGCAGCAGCCUCCGAUCACGACGACGGAGGUCGGAGCCAUGGCCGCUAUGCCAUGCGGAACAGCGUGCACGGUGUGCCCCUGAUUUUCGCAACGCUCGGCUGACGGGUACGGAUCAUAUGAAUCCGGGCAAGUUUUCGUGUUGCAACCGUUGGGCCAGCAGCCUGAAACCCAUCGUUAGAUAUGCGGAUUGGGGACUUACCUUGGGGACCUAACGGGUUUGUUCGACUAUUGUUUGGAUCUAUUUCAACCAGAUUCGACUCUAGCCCGACUCAAUUUCGACGCAAGGGCGACUCAAGUCGAAGGACGUUUGACGCAAUUAUCGCCGCCUGAGUGGAGCGAGUGGCUCCAGGAAGGUCCCCAGAACGAGCAUCAAACGAUCCUUCUCGCAGGAGGUAACGUGGCUUCCUCGCUCGCUCUCCCCUCUCCGCCAACGGAGCUGCUGCUUCUCAUCACCCUGUCAUUUCCAGGCGAUUCUGGGGGCCUCGUAGGCAGUCAGUCUUGGGCGCUGUACAGAGUGGCCGCAGUGGUAAAAUCACACCAACAUCAAAGCAGUGUUUGAACUAUUUUGCCUUUUUCUAUUUACACACGCGCACACACGUAUGAAAACCGAUUACGCGCGACACUUGACCAGGGCAAGCGCAGGCAAUCGCUGAACAAGAGCUAUUCAUGGCAACCUUCUAGACAUGUAGGGGAGCCCAGCGACUGCACCCCAUUUGCACAUGCGUGCUGGGUGUUAAUGCAUGUGCGCGUGCGCACGCAAGCUCAGAAAAGCGGCGCUCCCCGUUGUUGCCCAGAUAGGUCUCUCCAUUUGUCUUACCUUUCCUUCUCCGCGUUCACAUCAUCAGCCUGACCAGCGUCUUGAUGUUCAUUUCUGACAAGCACUCCUGCCACAAAGCUCUUCCUGUAUAGGCUUGGCACAAUCGGAUUAUGUGAUUUAAUCGUGCGCCGUAUCCAAGGCCCAUGAGGAGCGGAGCUUGCUCAUGGUAUGCUCGAUGCCCUCGCACUCAUCGCGCCGUGCUGCAAGGGACAACUGUUUGAAACGCCUCGUUGGAAGUGAAUGUUUUCACAUCCUUGCCUUCUUGUGAUCACUCCCUCACGUUUCCUUUUCAUGUUCAGCCUCCUGCGGGUGCACGGAGUGGGGUGCCAUCGCCGCGUCGAGGCGUCGCGACAAAGUUCGUGCUAUGCACGAGGGGCAGUAGAUGCGCUGAGCUUCGAGGCUUGGCCCAGGUCAGCGCUUGGUGAGGCCCGCUGGUGCUCCUCGUCAAGUUCUUGGGUGUGUACGUCUCCGUGUGCCCCUCGGCCAGGGUCGCCGUGCUUCAGCACGUUGAGCCCGCGUGCUCGCGUGCUCCAAAAUGACCGUGUGGCAGUACGCGUUUCGCUAGAUUGCGUGCUCCAGCGUGCCUGUUGAGCUCUGGUCAUCUGCGAUCCAGAGAGGUGUCUCUAGCACCCGUGCAGGGGGGGGCGGAGGGGGGGGGGGGCUUGCACGGGCAGGCGUCAGCCCCCCCGCCCCCUCCCAGGCCCAGGGUGCAGGCGACGGGGCUCUGUGUGUCUUCUUGCAGUUGGUUGACACGGCUCUUCUGGUGGGUACGUUCCGUCUCCCGUCCUGGCCCUCCUCUCGAUGCGGCGAGGUUCAACGACGCAAGUGUUGGCUACGCAGGUCUGCGCGGCUCGCGUCUCCACACGUGGGUCAUGGUUCCACAUUGAAGCCCGACUUGCGCUAGCAUUAGCACGGCAUAGCAUAGCACGGGUUUCAUCACGCACGCCGCAUUCUGUCCUGCAUUGCAGAGCAGAUGUCGUAGCGUAAGGUGCCCAGAAGUUGGCACUCCAUGCAUGAUUGACGCGUCGCGUACUCCUGAGCCGAUGCCCACGUGAGAUGCCUUGUGAGCGUCGUGGGGGCCUUCUGGAGGCAAUUCUGGGAGGAAGGGGGG